UGUGUUGGUGACGUCAGCCCCAGCGAGAGGAGGAAGGAGAGAGAGUUCAGUCAGAGCUGUCAUUAACUAGUUAUGUUAUAGAGAGCCACCGGGGGAACGCUGUGUUAUACCUUCAUAUAAAAAACAGCAAUAUACAAGCAGCACACCGGACUGUGCAAAGCAAACCCGAGAGGAGGGACUCUCUUAUCUGCUCUUCUGCCUCUUGCUUUCUCUCUCUGGCUCCUUGUGUAAAAAGUUUCUGGUGAUUAUGGCUGAUGUGAUACACAUGAACGACUCGUCCUCCGCGGACGUAGCCAACCGGUUCGCCCGCAAAGGAGCUCUGAGACAGAAAAACGUCCACGAAGUGAAGGACCACAAGUUCACAGCCCGGUUCUUCAAACAGCCCACCUUCUGCAGCCACUGCACCGACUUCAUUUGGGGUUUUGGAAAGCAAGGAUUUCAGUGCCAAGUUUGCUGUUUUGUGGUCCACAAGCGGUGUCAUGAGUUUGUCACGUUCUCAUGCCCUGGUGCAGACAAGGGGCCCGACACUGACGAUCCUAGAAGCAAGCACAAGUUUAAAAUCCACACAUAUGGAAGCCCCACGUUUUGUGAUCACUGCGGCUCACUACUCUACGGACUCAUUCACCAAGGGAUGAAAUGUGACACUUGUGAUAUGAAUGUCCACAAGGUGUGUGUAAUGAACGUGCCCAGUCUCUGUGGCACCGACUUCACGGAGAGAAGAGGGCGGCUGUUUCUGAAGAUCGAAGUGACUGGAGACAAGCUGCACGUCACAGUGGGAGAGGGGAAGAACUUGAUUCCGAUGGACCCGAAUGGAUCCUCUGACCCCUACGUGAAGCUGAAGCUGAUCCCAGAUCCCAAAAACGAAACCAAACAGAAGACCAAAACCAUCCGCUCCUGCCUCAACCCCAACUGGAACGAAUCCUUCACAUUUAAACUGAAGCCCACAGAUAAAGACCGGCGCCUGUCUGUGGAGAUCUGGGACUGGGACAGGACGACGAGGAACGACUUCAUGGGCUCCCUCUCCUUCGGGGUGUCCGAGCUCAUCAAGUCCCCUGUGUGUGGCUGGUUUAAGUUGUUGAACCAGGAGGAGGGCGAGUACUACAACGUGCCCAUCUCUGAGGCUGACGAUGGGAACUUGGAGCUCAGGCAGAAGUUUGAGGGCUGUCAUAUUAAUAUCCACUUCCUAAAGAAAGCCAGGCUCGGCCCCACUAAGAAGGUGAUCAGCCCUCCAGAUGAUAAGCAAAGUUUACCUUCAAACAACCUGGACCGGGUCAAACUGACUGACUUCAACUUCCUGGCCGUUCUGGGCAAGGGCAGCUUCGGCAAGGUAAUGCUGGCGGAGAUGAAGGGCUCAGACGAGCUGUACGCUAUCAAGAUCCUGAAGAAGGACGUGGUGAUCCAGGACGAUGACGUGGAGUGCACCAUGGUGGAGAAGAGGGUGCUGGCACAGCAGGACAAGCCGCCCUUCCUAACACAGCUACACUCCUGCUUCCAGACUGUGGACCGCCUGUACUUUGUCAUGGAGUAUGUAACUGGAGGAGACCUCAUGUACCACAUCCAACAUGUGGGGAAAUUCAAAGAACCACAAGCAGUGUUCUAUGCAGCAGAGAUUUCUGUCGGGCUCCUCUUCCUGCACAAGAAAGGAGUUAUAUACAGGGAUCUAAAGCUUGACAAUGUAAUGCUGGACGCAGAGGGACACAUUAAGAUUGCUGAUUUUGGCAUGUGCAAGGAGAACAUGUUCAAUGGAGUGACAACGAGGACGUUCUGUGGGACCCCAGACUAUAUUGCACCCGAGAUUAUUGCAUAUCAGCCAUAUGGAAGAUCAGUAGACUGGUGGGCCUUUGGAGUCCUGCUGUACGAGAUGCUGGCCGGGCAGCCGCCCUUCGAUGGAGAAGACGAGGACGAGCUGUUCCAGUCCAUCAUGGAGCACAACGUGUCCUAUCCGAAGUCCAUGUCCAAAGAGGCGGUCUCUAUCUGCAAAGGGCUGAUGACGAAACACCCUGCGAAGCGGCUGGGCUGCGGGUCGGAGGGGGAGCGAGACAUCAAGGAGCAUGCCUUCUUCAGGCGGAUCGACUGGGACAGGCUGGAGGGACGGGAGAUCCAGCCGCCCUUCAAACCCAAAGUGAGCGGUAAAGGUGCAGAGAACUUUGACAAGUUCUUCACGCGCACUCAGCCAAUGUUAACGCCGCCGGAUCAGCUGGUAAUCGCCAACAUCGACCAAGAUGAGUUUGAGGGGUUCUCCUACGUCAACCCCCAGUACAUCCCCCCCUCAUUGCUGAGCGUGGUAUGAAGCUGAGAAGCAACCAUGCACAGAAAAAAACAGGAAGGAAGGAAAAAAAAGAAGACGUGUUUGCAAAAUCUCUAAUCCAGGAGCAAAUAACAAAAAAGACCAAAAAAAUACAUUUUAAUAAUUUUUCAUACUGAGUCUAUGGAAAUAAGUGAAAAUAAACAUAACAUGCAUAUCAUGGUGGAAAUAAAUGUGUUCAUAACCAGUGUGCAUUGCGGCCAAAGUUUGGAAUUUGAAUGAGCAUUAACCUAGAUUAAAAAAAUUUGUACACACUGUUCAUAACAUGUUUGGUUCGGACCACUGGAUUUUUCUAAUAAGAGAAGUUCUUAAAAUAGCUUUUAACAUAUUGUUCUUCUUGCUGUACUUCACUGUGUACUUCUACCCCUAAACCUGUGGUUCCAGUUACACCCAGAGGGACCAGUUACUUUCUUGGCUCUUCCCAUUAUGAAUGCUAGUGGAAGUGCCGAGACUCGGCAGUUAAAGCAAGACCAGUUAUUUUCAAACAGAGUUGAGCAACAAGGGUGUGUAGAAAGGAGUUUUUUUUGUACCAAUGGUAAUGAAAGGGUGGCCUGGAUGGAGUGUCUGGAACAGGUUACAAUAGUGUAUCCUCGUUUUACAAACCAACCUCUAUCGUUAAUCAGUGAAUGCACUUGCAUAGGCUUCUGCCAGUUCAGUUGCAGGGCAUUUCUUGUCUUGACCGAGCCCAGGGUUGAUUCAGCCAUGCAUGUGCAAUCUAAAUCACAAUUGAGACAUGAACGUCAUGUUUACAGUUCUGUCAUAGAAGAGGGUAACUGGUUUUAAUUAUUUAUUUUUUUUAGAAAUGAUACAACCAUAUGAGAAAAUUCCUACUAUAAA